ACGGUGCCCCGAUCGCUCCACCUCCCCGGAUAUAAGGGCUCAGUAACCUGCGGCUUUCGGCUGCCGGCGAGGGACGAUGUCGCUGGACCCGGUCAGAAAGGGGGGCGUAGAGCUCGCUCCUUUGGCGCUGCACAAGUUCCUAUCCGCUGCAUUUUACGCUGUCAGUUCGCUCUUAAUCGUGAUAGUAAAUAAAAUCGUGUUGACGCACUACAGGUUUCCAUCAUUCAUGUUUCUUGGAAUUGGUCAGAUGCUCACUACUAUUAUUGUUCUCUAUGCUGCAAAAUUGAAUCAUAAUAUUCAUUUCCAAGAUUUUGACAGAAGUAUACUUUUUAAAAUCUUUCCUCUGCCCCUUUUGUAUGUUGGGAAUCACAUCAGUGGCCUCGGCAGCACUAAGAAAUUGAGUUUACCAAUGUUCACUGUUCUAAGAAAGUUCACGAUAUUGAUGACCAUGGUCCUGGAAGCGUGGAUAUUAAGGAAAACAUUCCCACCUCUUGUCAAGUGCAGUGUGUUGGCCAUUGUCAUCGGCGCCCUGGUAGCUGCCAGUUCUGACUUGGCCUUUGACCUCGAGGGAUACACAUUCAUCCUCCUUAACGACAUGUGCACUGCAGCCAGUGGCGUUUACACCAAGAAGAAGCUGGAGGUCGAGGGUCUGGGGAAAUAUGGAGUGUUAUUUUACAAUGCGAGUAUCAUUGUAAUACCGACAGUCUUGGCAAGCUUCUACAGUGGAGAUCUGCAGCAGGUCUUGACUUUUGAGCAUUGGACAACCUUGCCAUUUGUAUGUUCAUUCCUCAUGUCCUGUGUAACGGGAUUUAUCCUGAUGUACUCCAUCGUGCUCUGUAGUCACUACAACUCUGCACUAACCACCACAGUCGUGGGCGCCAUUAAGAAUGUAGCUGUGGCCUACAUUGGCAUGUUUGUGGGUGGAGAUUAUAUAUUUUCUUGGCUAAAUUUCAUAGGACUAAACAUUUGCAUGUCAGGGGGGCUCGUGUACUCCUAUGUGAUGUUUGGGAGCAGCUUAAAGCCAGAGACGCACGAGGAAAGCAGGCCUGAUGUCCCCAAGGGACCCAGCAGUGAAGGCAAACAAACGUCAUGAUGCCCCCCCGCAAUUCAGACUUAAGCCAAGUUGGUUUUCUCGAUGUUGAUAGUUUUUAAAAUCAUACAUGCAAUAAUGUUUAUAUAGCGUGAGGCAUGUGCAGUAUGUUAUGUUGGUGACUGUAAACCACAGCGGCAGGUCGCACGCCGAGCCGUUUUGGUGCGGCUGCUAAGAGAAUCAGCAGCUUGACUCAGGUAAAUGGUGGUCCUUUCUUGGGGGCUGGCUUUAAAUUCAGAUGACUCAAGUGUCACUAAAAACCCUGUUCGUUAAGGACUGUCACUCCAUAAUAACAGGUCUACAAAAAAAAAAGGUUUUUUAAAUGGAUUUAGGGUAUUUUGAGGGUGCUGAAUUAAAAAAAUCCCAUUACUUUUGCUGAA